GAGUAUUUUUAAAUUUAUUUCAAUAUUUUGUUUAACUUUUACCUAUAAAUAAAGUUAGUUUAAUUAAGGGAAAAUGACAGCUUACUUAACUAAAAUCCAUCAUAAAACACUGUUAAAAGUCCUUAUUUACAAUCCAACUAUAUAUGCUAAGGUGACACCGUACGAUAAUAGUCUAAAACCAUUUUAUCGUUUUUUUACCCAACAAAGUACUCAAGUUAAUAUUUUCGAUCGCAGAACGAAAUAUUUACAAAAAGAAAGAGCUGCUAGAAACCCAGAUGUAGCUUUAUUUGAUUAUAUAAAAGAAGAAAUUGGGUUCCGGCUAUCAGAUCGUAUAUUCGACAUAAAACGUGAAUUCCGAAAUGCUGCUGAUAUUGGAUGCAAUCGUGGUUUCAUCUCCAAUCAUGUUCUUGCUGAAACAGUUCAACACUUGAUUCUGUGCGAUACUAGCCCAACAAUGCUUGCACAGGCUCAAGGAACACCCGGGUUAAAAAUUACAAAAAUGGAAAUGGAUGAAGAAAAUUUAGAAUUCGAAGAUGAUUCCUUAGAUCUUGUGAUGUCAAGUCUUAAUUUGCAUUGGGUCAAUGACCUUCCAGGAUGUUUUCGAAAAGUCAAUAAAAGUCUUAAACCGGAUGGAGUGUUUAUUGCAUCCAUGUUUGGCGGAGACACUUUGUAUGAACUGCGCUCAUCACUACAGCUAGCAGAGUUAGAGCGUAAAAAUGGCAUUUCACCUCAUAUAUCACCAUUUACUCAGAUAAGAGACAUCGGAGCCAUUCUCAAUAACACUGGAUACACGAUGUUAACAAUUGACACCGAUGAAUUGGUUGUGGGAUAUCCGACAAUGUUUGAGUUAAUGUGGGACCUCAAAGGAAUGGCGGAGAACAAUGCAGCAUUCAACAGACCCGUGCACUUAAGUAGAGAUACAAUGUUUGCUGCAAGUGCAAUAUACAAACAGCUUUAUGGAAAGGAUGACAGUAUUCCGGCAACAUUUCAAAUAAUUUAUUUUGUAGCUUGGAAACCUUCGCCAGAUCAACCAAAGCCACUACCAAGAGGAAGUAGUGAAGUUUCAUUGAAAGACUUAGGAACGAUUAUUGAAAGUGGAAGUAAGACAAAAACAUAGAUUGAUGAAAAUGCAGUUUACCUUAUUUAUUUAAAGUCAGACUUUGAAGUUUUAAAGAAAGUUUGUAAAUAUUUUUUUUGUAUAAAACGAAUAACGCUAAGAGCCAAUUAACAAAAAUUAAGCUAUUAGAACAACAAACAAAAACAUAGAUCAUCUUGUACUUGCAAAAAGUGUAAAUUAAAUAUUUAAUGUAAACGUGAUUUUAAUUCAGUGCUUGUUGUUAUGUUCACAAUGAAACUAGAUUAAAAUUUGUUUAUAAAUAAGA